UGCCUUAACAAUCAAGAUUGUGCAAUGAGAACCAGUUCUUGUAAGACGAAAAACGGAAAUGUCGACUGUAGCAUCGGAAUACAACUUGCAUUUUCUGGGACAGAUAAACAUGCAUCUGUUUUCAAUUCAUGCAUUUAAGAUGGAGAAUCCCAAUGAUCAAAACCGUCCGAGUGAAGAGGAUGCUUGGUGUUCUCUCAUGUUGAUAAAUCACGGAUCAAAUCGCCUCCCCCUUUCAGGGUAACCGGGUGAAGAAGACGACCAGUAAACCAAACCACUUGCACCCGUUUCUGCCGAGUUCGAGUUACAGUCCAAUGAAACAUUUUCGCUCUCUUUCUCUUCCAAACAUCCGGCUCUCACAGUGUAUCGCCUGAGGUAUGCAACCGUCGCAGUCGUGAAAGAAUCCCAGUUCAACAUUUCCUGUGAAGGCUAGGAUUCCGGCGAUUGUUAGGGGUUUUGAUUUUGUAAAUAAUCAGAAAAAAAUUAGGUUCACCAAAUUAGAAAAAAUGCAUAGAGUGUUGAUUGGGUUACAAGCUAGCAUGAACACAAUGCAAGAAGAUAUUAUUAGUGCAGUAGUACCAUUAUUAAAGCGGUUAUCACUCACUGUUAUUGGAUUAAUAGUUGCUCACCGCAAAACACAAAUAAUCCCCAAAGCAACAUUUAAGUUGUUAACCAAGUUAGGAUUGGCUCUGUUUUUACCAUGCCUUAUAUUCAUCGAUUUAGGCCGAUCGAUUACGCUGCGUAAUAUUUUUCUCCGGUGGUUUGUUCCUGUGAAUGUGGUAGUUAGUAUGUUGUUCGGGUUCUUGUUGGGUGUUGUGGUUGUGUUGUGUCGGCCGCCGCCGCAGUUUAGGAGUUUUAUGAUCAUUAUGACCGCGUGUAGGAACACGGGGAAUCUUCCGAUUGCGAUACUGGGCUCACUUUGUCAUAGUGAGGAUAACCCGUUUGGGCCGAAUUGUCACCAACGAGGUGUUGUGUAUGUGUCGAUCGCGCAGUGGAUAUCAAUUGUUUUUGUGUAUACUCUUGUUUAUCAUAUGAUGGAGCCUCCGGUUGAGUAUUAUGAGAUUGUCGAAGAAGAAAAUGUUGAAAGUUGUGGCGGUGGAGGUGGUGGUGGUUUCGGGCCUUUGGUUGUUGAAGCCGAAUGGCUGCUUGGUGUUGAUGAGACCGGAAUUUCAACGAAACCGUUUAAAGAUUAUUGGCGUAAUGAAAAUGACGAAGAAAUACAAGCAAUUGAAAACAGAACGGAACCCAUAAGUUCGAAAAUGGUUAAGAAGGUUAGACAUGUUGCGGAAAAGACGCCAAUCAAGAACAUAUUUCAACCUCCGACAAUAGCGUCUCUGCUAGCUAUAAUCAUCGGCUCGAUCCCUCAUGUGAAGUCUUUUGUUUUUGGACGUGACGCACCGCUUAGUUUCAUAACCGACAGUUUGGAGAUCUUGGGUGGGGCCAUGGUGCCUUCGGUUAUAGCAUGAAUCAUGACAGUGCAUUGCUAUGUGAAUUUUUUAUGAUUUAUAUUUUUUUAUAAGUCAUGAUAAUGUUGUUUCAUAUUUGAUUUGUUGUUUUUAGGUGAUAUUGAUGAGUGGGCUUAGCCCAAAUGCUUUACAGGAGCUUUCAUCUAAAAGAGAUUACGAGGACCGAAUUCCCCAUUUUUGCAAUAUGCUUUGAUUUACCCAAGAGCUCAUAAGUGUACCUUCCAGCCAAAUAUAAAACCACUCGGUUGGCGUUCAGUGAUGAUAUUCUGAACUAGGCAUGGUAAACGGGUCGGGCCGGGCGGGUUUGGGUUGCGGGUCAGAAUGGGUAGUUUAAAAAAGGUUGGCUCAAUAAGGGUUAUUUUUGUUCGGGUCGGGCUCAAGUGCUUAACCCAAUGCUUGACGUGUAAGCAACUCCGAGCGUGUGAAAUUGGAGAAAACGAAAAUCAAAAGGCGCACACAAAGAAGAAAGAAACUACGGUUACCAUUGACAAGAAACUUCUGCAGGUUUUUUGACGGAAAUCGAUUGGGCUACAUCUGGGUUGAAGAUUUACGACUGACCCUGCAUGCAUCGGGAAACUGCAUGUCUCACAGAGAUGUCAAGGAACUUGUACAAAGUGCAUUGCUGGAGAGCAACAAUGGGAGGGAUGAUCGUAUUCUCUACAGUAAGCUGGUGAAGAUGACUGAUAUCUGAACUCUCGUAUUUUCUCUGUCAAGAUACAAGGCAGUUAUUGAUGCUUAUUUAGAUGAAGGAGAUUUUAGUGGUCGGCGUUUUGGUGAAAUGGUGUUUACAUUGACUAAAGGCUCUACUCCCUCAUAUCAAUGCUUCCUUCCUCUGCAAAGUUUACGGCGCCUGGAUGUAAGCAAAACAAAGCUCAUUUCACUCCUACGCUAAGUGUACCACGUUGUUUCGAUGAAAGCUACGUUCAGGAAAUCGUUGAAAAAGCACCUCAGGUUUACUAACAAUGGAUCUUCGUUUUGGCGAUGUCAUUGAUGACGUGGCUCGAUACUUUAAGGAUGCAUAUGACAAAAAACUUGCACCAUACAAGUUUGUUGAAGGCAUGAUUGACAGAACAAUUGAGAAGCUAUGGCCUAACAAUCCAAUGCUGGCAUGCGAUAGUUCCUGCCAAAGGAUUCGAAUAAACAUCGGUGAAUAUCUCGAAGCUGACAGGGAUGAAUUGUACCAUCUGGACUAUUGUGGUAGAAGCUUUUUUUUUUAUUAUUUCUUUUUGGAAAUUAUUUGUUUGUUGGUAGUUUGGUUGCUAUAGAAAUAUGGCUGUGUAUGUGGUGGAUUUGAGUGUAAGUUUUGGUUACUUAAACCCAAGGAUUCGGUAUUUAGGAUUA